AAGCGAGGGUCUGACACCUCCACAACAACAUUCGUCACCGCUCUGAGUUCUAUGUGAAUUGUGCGUGUCGGAAAAAAAGAAGCACAUAUUACAAAGAAGCAGCACGUUUUCACCAAGAAGAAGCACGCAUCAUAAAGAAGCAUGUAUAAAAACUCUUAAGAAGCAAUACUCGUGCCCGACCUUAUCGUAAAGAGCGUCACUUCACUAAUACCAAUUGUACAGUCACUGAGAGACGAUAAACCGUCACCCAAAUUAACUAUCAUAAAGCAGUCUACGCCUGUGGCUCAAUCUGUUUAGCAGACCAUGUGCCUAAAAAAGUAAAGCAUUGUCUUGUAGCUAGGUGGAAUAUCUGGCUCCUGCUCUGCCUGGGACUCACCGGGAAACAGCUUACAGAUUUUUGCUUGAACGACAUCCUUAUUCGAAUACUGUUACUGGAAGGAGGAACAUGUGUGGUUAAAUUGUAGUUUUUAGAUUUUCAGUGUUCUGAUUUGAUCUUUGAGCAGAUCAUUGGCUUGGCCUAGAGGUGAUGGGCCUUUGCCAUAAGGUAUAUACUAUUGACUGCUAGUCAUAAAUAUUUUGUUGCAAGAAACAGUUUUUUAGCUGAACAGAUCAUAUUUUCACUAUUUGAUGUCAGUAUUCAUCUGCGGCAUUGUUAUAACUCAGUGACUGUAAGAUUGGGUUUAGAGAAAGAUUGGAUUGGGUUUAGUAGUAUUUUCCAGUGACAGCUCUUAUAAUCAAUCAAAAUCAUCAAAAAUCAAAGAUCAUCUUUGACAAUUGCCCAAAGAAUACCUGAAAAGGGUAGAAAGAAUCUAUACAUUAAUAUUCACUGUAAAAGUGCUUAUGUUUAACAACAACAGCAAAAACACAUGAAAUAUUAAACCUAAUUUAACAACAACAACAAUUCAUGAGAGAUAAAACCCAGGUCUAAGUAACUCUGCUGAAGUGCCGUGUCUCUAGAAGGCACACUACACAGUCCUGUUACUAGAAAAAUGUGUCAAACUAUAAUAAAGAAGAAAUAUAAGUGCUUCACAGUAGGUGACCAGUAAUGGCAGCUGCAAGAGGGAUAAACUGCUGCACUUUGUAAAUUGUAACAAAGAAAGUUUAUAUCCAUCUUUCAUUGGAUAUUUGGUGACGUUGGUCAACAUUGUCUUGCUAAUAACAAUGAUAAUCCGGAGCAUUUGCAGGACGUCGCGUGGUGUGAGUGUGAUAUUUGCCAUGUUGAGAUACCAAUCUUCCAGAUGCUUUCAUGCCCACUUAUUACCAAGACUAAAUGGACGCUACACACAUGAGUGGCGGAGCAGAAUGGCUGCCCAGCUAUUCAACACGAGCUGCAUGUUGAAGGCUAAUAGUGUGUUGUGUGUCUCAUCUUGUGCUGCAUCACACAACGUGUCGCUGCCUGAAAAGAAGUCGUCUAAAAAUAGUGAUGAUGAGGAUAAGCAUAUAGAUGAUGAAUUGGGACAUGUGGAGAGUGAAGAUUCUUGCCUAGAAGAGGGAGAAUUUUUUGACAACCCUUAUCAUCAAGACAGAAAGAUUCAAGUGAAAGACAUUGGGGAAAAAGUCAAUGUUGGUGAACCUGUGAUAUGUGGAUUGAAACGUCUGUUUCAAAUAAAUCGUAAUGAAGCACUUCGUAUGGUUCGCCCCAGAAAUUUUCUCUUGGUGUCUGAUGGAGCUAUAUUGAAAACUCUCUACUUUCUUAAAGACCAAAAUAUUGCAUCUCGACAAAUACAACGAAUACCUUGGAUAAUGCUACAUUCUUCAGAUAGUCUUCAAGAAAAAUUUCACAAGAUUACCGAGCCAUAUUUAUUCCGCAACUACUCGGAAGGCUUGGGAUUUUGUCACUUCACACCUAGUGUGAUAGUCAGUCUCCAGGACACUUUCAUGAUGGAAGCAGCAAAAUUUUCCCAUCACCCAAACCGAAUAUAUUAUAUGGCUGACAGAUUAAAUGUGCCGGUUGAGCAGCUCACAGAGAGGAUUGUCAAGCCUAAACAUAUUCUUAAUAUGGACGUGAAGCGUUUGGACGUAAUAAUUGAUAUUCUCUUUGCAUAUGGAAUGAAGGCAGAAGACAUACUGGCUGACCUGUGGGUGUUCUACCACAACGUUAAUAAAAUAGAGGCGAGGCUGCAGCGGGCUACAGAGAUUGGUUGUGAGAGAAUCAAACCGUGGAUUUGUCAUGCAGCUCCUCAUGUUUUUGAGAGAUUCUGUGAACGAUUUGUGUGUAAAACCCAGCUGCUUGGAGAACAUAAAGAUGUGGUGAGCUAUUUAUCUCGCAGGCUGGAGUGUGAACCUUCUGUAGCAGCCGAACUCUACCGAAGUAGAUCGGGGCUAAAUGUCGGUCAUAUUCCCAAACUGAAGAGGAAUCUGGAUCUUCUGUUUGCUGCAGGAUUUACACCACAGGAUGUUAGGUCGUGCAUACAGGUGCUGCAUAUUUCUGAGGAGAGGGUAGUGAAAAGGAUUACAGAACUCAAAGAAAUUGGUUAUUUCCCAUUCCCAAUAUUACUUUUGUGCAAGUCUUCAGUUGCGUAUAAGAAAAUUGUUAGACAGUACAGGUACAAGGAUAAAUAUUGCCAGGGAAAUGUUAUUGAUACAUGAAGCUUAUCAAAGCUCGAGUAGAUUGCGUUAGAAAAUUUUUCAUUGCCUUUAAAUUUAAAAAUGAAGGUGACAGCAUAAAAACUAAGCUAUUUUAUCACAGAGCAUACAUGGCAAGAGUGAAUUUGAUAUCUACUGGCAGUGAAACUGUUUUCAAAAUAGCUCUCAUUUUUGUUUAAAACAAACGAUGAAAUGUAUGACGUGUAACAAUUGAAAGUGGGGACGGAAUGAAAGCUAGAACGUGAGUGUAUGAAUGACGGAUCCUGUAGCACAGGCAUCUGUAUUCUCUGCUAACAACUGAGGGACUAGGUUUCAGUCUCUGAGCAAGAUAGAAACAGUUGGGCACAUGUACGUUCACCUGAUGCUGCUGUUCACAGCAAUAAAAUAGAUACCUGGGAAUUAGACAA